AUGAAAAAGGCAUUUCUCCUCCUUGUGCUUCUGUCGACAAUAAAUUUCAGACGCUACACAAAUUACAACGUUAAAGUAAAGCUGAAAAACUUCUCCAAUAAAAUUUACAUGUCCAGUAGAGUCCAGUUAAAAUCGACGAAACUACAACACAGGAAGAGACCAAAAAAGAGGAAAAAAUCAGAAAUUUAUAGAACGCCUGUUUUGUACCAUCCCAACCAGAAGGACUACUUUAACCUGCAGAGCGAGUACACCUGCUUGCCCGAUGAGCAAGUGCUGGACCUGCUCUCGAAGGAUAAACUAAACUUGCUCAUCAGGGCGAUUAGAAGCAAGGACAACGAGGAGAUCGACAAAAUUUUGUAUAAAGAUGUGAAUCGUAUAUAUUUGGAUAGCAGGUAUGUGUACUACGAAGAGGGGGGAGAAGAAGACGAUGGAGCGGACGCAGAAAACCACACCAUGAAGACCAACAACGGAGACAGAGAUGACCUCUUCAACGGUGCCUCAAUUGAUAAGAACAAAUGUCCCUCGCGAAAGGACCAGGAAGACAAGCAACAACAAGGAGAAGAAAAAAAAUUUGUCGACUUAAAUAAUAUUUAUUUUUAUUUCAAAAAGGUUAACAUCACAAACAUAAAUAAGGACAACAUAAAUGACGACAUAUAUAAAGAGCUAGUGGAGUUAAAAAAAGUGUCCUUGGAAAAAGGAGACCAAAUAGGUUUCAACAUAUACAGAUAUUUCCUCAACAUAAUUACCAAUGUAGACAGAAUGAAGUACAUCGAUGAUUUUUAUUUGGUUAAUUAUAUAAAUAAUAUUUGGGUAAUAAAAAAUGUUCACAAAUAUUUUUAUUUUUUAAAUUCCCUAUUUGACAGAAUGAAAAAAAUUUCCUACAAGUUGUUUCAGCUAAAUUACAAAAUUGAUAUAAUUGGACAUGAGGAGGAAGUGAAUAAAAUGAAAUACUUUGAGCGACAUGAACUCUUCAGCAAGGUUAUUAAAAAAACCAAGUUUAUUCCCAACUAUGUGCGUAAACACAGCUAUGCAUACUCCACCGAUAUCAUGAAUCUUUACCAGUAUGAUAUUAACACAAAUUCGUAUGUCAACAGGUUUGAUAGCACCUACAGGGAGGUCUGCGUCAACGACUUGGUUGAUAGCUGCAGGAGGAAAAAUUUAAACAUUUGCUACGACGCAACGCGGUUCGACCCCUUUUACAGUUACGCCCAGGACUACACCAGGAACAAGGAGAUGAAGAAAAUUAUGGGACUCACCUAUGGGGUGCCGCCGGGCAUUCCUGCAGGUGUUACUGCAGGUGUUAGCGGGGGCGUUACUAGCUGUCUUGCUGCCAGUGCUACCCCCGGGAGUGUCGAAGAGGGCACCGGGGCAAAGACAAAAAAAGCGAAGAGAGGCCAUGCCGCAAAGGACACCACCGCGGGAGUGCAGCCCAGAAAAACGCAAGAACAGCUGCUGGUAGAACAACCCCCCGGAGAGGAAAAUACGAAAAGUCAAAUCGAUAAACACGCACCCAACGAAGGAGUUAAAGACGGCACACAGAAUCAAAACAGGGGCGAUGGAUUGCUGGAAAGGAUAAAGAAGGACCCCAAUUUAAAGUACGAGUUUUUGGAAAAGAUAAGCGAAAAAAUGUGCACCGAAUUUGUAAAAAUGGGGGUCCUGCAUAACGACAGCAAAAAAAUCGAUCUUAACAAAAUCGAAGACAUCAAAAAUGACAAGGACAAUAUUUUAUACAAAAAGGUUUACGCCAUGCGUGAUUACUUUUACACCAUUAUGUAUGAUAAUUAUAAACCAAAUCUUGACAUCUAUGAAUUAGAAACCUUCGUAGAUGCAGAGUACAGAACCUACUCGUAUAAGAAAGACCUCAAUGUACUUUUCAGAAAUUGGGUUCUGCACGAGCACAAGGUAUUACCAACUGUGCACUUUGCGAAGAAGGAUGUGGAACUGGCUAAGUUAAGAUACAUGUCUAAGAGAAAAAGGAAAGUGCUGGAGUUUAAUCAGCGAUUUUUUGAGCUCCAUGGGGAGGGUAAGAGGAGGUAUUUGUCCGUGGAGGAGCACGGAGUGCCAAAAGUGGGUGUAACGGGUGCGUCUCAGGAACGGGCCCCUUCGGGCGAGCCUGUAAGGGGAGAGUUAGCAGGUCAGUCAGGAGGCGCUGCACGCGAAACGGCAAAUUGUGAAAUAGACGGUCCCGGUAACGACCCUCACAACGACCGUGACAACGACGCUGGUAUGGGUAAAGACGACUCCGCGCCGAGCCCGGCGAAAGACGGAAACGACGCGGGCCAGAAUAAAACCACAAAGAAAUCUGUGAGCUGCCUCAUAAAAUGGAACGUACAAAGCGAAAACGACGCGAGGAAAAUAAACAACGAUCAGGACGAAAAAAACUUAAGUGACGAAGAGGACAUUGAUGAAAACGACGACAGUCAUGACCACGACGAAUCAUUCGACUUUGACAAAUACAAUAUAAAAACCGAUGACUUGGAGUCCUACGGAUUUUGUGAUGAAAAUUUAAACGAUAAUGAUACCGACAACGCAGAACCGUCUUUUGGCGACAUAAAUUUUGCCAAGCUGGUCAUAUAUGAUGACAACUACGAUCAGGCAGAGUUCGUCGAAACGAUCACCAGCUUGAUAAGCAAUUGUGAUUAUAAGAGGGCCUACUCCAUUUACAACACAUUGAAGAUUAAAGGGAAGGUCGAUACUUUGUACUUCAAAAGUUAUGACAAUGCGGAAAAUGUGGCCUUCCUCAUGCGCCAGUCUAAGCAGCGGAUUGUGGCCGACGUGGAGUUUCUUUAG